UACGUCAUUGAAAUUGAAAAUGCUAUGAUUUCAACGGUUUCUUGAGUUUGAAAUGGAGGUAAUUUUAACAAAAGUGUAAGCGAGUCCUAUUUGUAUUAUGUUUUUUGUAUGUUGAUCUUGUAAAUAUUUAUAACUAACUUUAAAAAUGGAACCGACUGAAGAUACAAUAAACGCAAGAGUUGCGCGUUUGAAUUCCGAAAUUAUUGGAAAAAAGUUAAAGACUGAUACGAAUAGUAUAAUAACCCGCGAAGGGCUCCUUGAUUCUUUACAAGCCUUAUAUGACGAAUGUUCAAUCGAAAAUGUCCAGAAAGCCGAUAAAAACAUCGAGUUCUUUGUGCGAACCUACAGAAAAACUAUGGAAAGUCUCAAGUUGACCCGAAUCAACAUUACAGACUUUGAAAUAAAGAACUGUAUAGGAAGGGGACACUUUGGGGAUGUUCACGUCGUUGUCGAAAAACACACCAAGGACAUUUAUGCCAUGAAGAGCAUACGAAAAUGCGACAGUCUAGAUCAAAACAAAACUUCAUUUAUCGAAGAACGAAACAUAAUGGCUUUCACACAGAGUCCAUGGUUGACUUCUUUGCAAUAUGCAUUCCAAGACAAGACUCAUUUAUUCUUCGUCAUGGAAUUUCAUCCCGGUGGCGACUUAUUAGGGCUGUUGUUGAAGCAAGGGGGAACUAUACCUGAGAGCGCUGCCACCUUUUACUUGGCUGAAAUUCUUAUGGGACUUAGAGACCUACACAAGAUGGGUUAUGUCCAUCGUGAUAUAAAACCAGACAAUAUUCUCUUGGACCGAUGCGGACAUGUGAAAUUGGCUGAUUUUGGAAGUGCUGCAAAGCUUAACUCCUCGGGGUUUGUGACUGAAGGACCUCCGGUUGGAACACCUGACUAUGUGGCUCCAGAGAUUCUAGAAGCAAUGGAGAAUAGAACGGGAAAAAAUGUUAAAUAUGGGGUGUCAUGCGAUUUUUGGUCUUUGGGGGUCCUUGCCUAUGAACUAACAAUGGGGUUUUCGCCUUUCACUGGUCAAAGUAACUCAACAGUUUACAUGAAAAUUAUGGAUCAUAAGAGUAAUUUGAAGUUUCCACCAGAUACUCUUCUAUCUGAGGCUUAUGUUUCACUUAUUAAAAGCUUAGUGACAGACCAAAAAGAGAGAUUACCCAUGGAAAAAAUAUUCCAACAUCCACUGUUCAAAAAAACCCUUUUUGAUUCCCUGAGGGAUCAAGUACCCCCCUUUGUGCCGAAAAUAAGCUCGUUCGACGACACCAGUAACUUCGCCGACGUCCCUCCUCGUAAAAAGAUCCCGUCCAUCGAGAAUUUCAAGAAGAGGACUCACUUCUCCGGUAGAAACUUGCCAUUUGUCGGUUUCACCUUCACCCCCAUCAUAGAUUCCUUCGAGAACAGUUUCGACCUGCGGAAGGUCAAGGACGAGAUGGUGGAGAACCUCAAGACCGAGGUGGAGAAACUGAGGAAGAAACUGGCCAAGAACGAGAACAACAGCGUCGAGAAAGAAAACUUGGAGAAGAAACUGGACGAGAAGUCUAGGAAGUUAGAGAGCGUUGAAGUCCUGCGGAAUCAGCUGGAAAAGGACGUGGCCAACAACUUGGCCGAAUGCGCAGCACUGAGAAGAACUUUAGAGUUGGAAAGGAAAGACAGGGUAGAACUGGAAAAAAAGGCUAUGGAUCUCAUCAAAUCGGCCAAAUUGAAAUGGGAGACUGAAGAGAAACGUAAACUGAACGCUCUAGAUCUCAUAAUCGACGAACAAAAAGAGAAAAUCUCUCAACUUUGCGAAACGAAUAAGAUCCUCGAAGAACAGCUCCAACACGCCCAGAUAAUGGAGGAGAAGCACAGGAUCUCCAUGGAGGCGUCCGAAAAAUUGACCAGGAAGAGCGUGGUCGGUCUGCAAUGCAGGCUCGAGACUGUAACUUCGGAAACGCAGAACAAGAUCUCAGACCUAGAGGGAAGGCUCAACGAGCAAUUCUACCAGAAGAAUGCCCUGGAGAGACAGAUCUCAGAUCUGAAAGACAGGGAGAGUAAUCUCACUGCCAAAGUUAAGAAUUACGAGGAGAAUCAGAAAGCGUUGAACGAACAGAUCAACAUUGCCGAGAGUCUCAUUAGGGAGCUGGAGGAUAAGGUUACAACUUACGAAAAGCAACAAGAAAUGUUGGACAUUUACACCGUCGAAAACCAGAAUUUGAGGGAGAAGAUGAACAACGAUAAGAAAAUGAUCAAAGAUUUAGAAAACAGCUGCAUACUGCUAGAAUUGGAAAAUAAAAAAUUGGAAUGUUUGAAGCCGCAAGUGGACGAAUUGAACAGGAAAAUGAGGGAAAUGGAGACGGAACUGAAGAGAAUCGGAGAAUUGGAAGUUCAAUUACAAAAGGAGAAAGAAAAGACGAAAUCUUUGAACAAACAGAUUCAGGAAACGGAAAGCAAUCUCUCGGAAGCCCAGGAAUUGAAAGAAAUCAGGACCAAAUACUGGAAGAUGGAGAAAGAGGUGAACAAUCUGAGAAUCGACAAGAGGAUCCUGGAGAGGGAACUUAAAGAAUCCGAGACUCUGGCGAAAGAACUCGCCAAAGAGAUCGAGACCAUGAAGGAACAAAGGGAGAAGAGCAAGAAGAUGUACGAAGAAGCAAUGUUAGAAAUGAACUCGAUAAACGAUUCCAUAUCCACCGAACUCACCAAGACCAAAGAGAAUUAUAAAAUCCUUCAGGUCGAGCUCAAAGCCCAGAAAAAAGUCAACGAAGAAACCAGAGAUAUCGUUGCUGAACUCAAAGCCAUAAGCAACUCCAAAGACGAUAAAGUUAAACAGAUGAGCGGGGAACUGGAGAAGGCUCAGAAGAACUUGUUGAAGGUUACGAUGGACAAAGAAAACGUGGAGAAGAAACUCGAAGAUUUAAAAAAGACUAAGAUGGAGUUGGAAAAAGACGUUGAAACUUUGAAAGAAGAAAACAAAGUCCUAGACGCUAGUUUAACGAAAAUGCAACAAGUCAUGUUGUAUCUGGACGAAACCCAAGAGAAUCUGGUCGCAAAGGUCAAAUCGCUGGAAGAGAACGAGAGGAUAAUGAAGACCAACACCGAGAAACUGGUGGCGGAUCUGUGCGAGGCCAAGAAGGAGGUUCAGGAGGCGAAACGACUGACCAACGAGGAGAAAUCCUUCAAGCUGUUGGCGGAGAACAAGCUGCAGAGGCUGAAGGAGGAGAUGGAGAUGCUGCAGGCCGACAGGGACUCCCACAAGCUCCAAACCGACGAGUACAAGAAGUACUCGAACGAGCUGUCGCAAGAGCUGACGUCUGCAGAGGAGAAGUUGACUGACGCCAGGAUCAAGGUGAAGACGUUGGAGAGGGAAAACCAGGAUCUGAGGCUGGAGAGCGUGCAGCUCAAGGAGGAGCUGUCCGAUUACCUGACGCAACUUCACAAGUGCAGGGAGAGCAAGCUCAAGAUCAAACAUAGAGUCAACGAAUUGGAGGGACAGGUCGAGUACAUGGGACAGCAGCUCAGCGAGCUGGACAUGAAGUUAAAGGAGAGAACGGCCACUCUGAACGCCAGCGAGACCAAGAGCAAAGAGACGAUCAAGCAACAGCAGAAGCUGAUCGAUCUGCUUCACGUCAGGAUCGAGGAGCAGCCGAAGAAGAGGAACUUUUUCCUGUUCGGAGGAUCGAAGAAGGAGAACACUCCCCCCAUUUCGUUCCCGUUGAACUAUAAGGACCUGGAACUGGAACUGCAGAAGGAGAAGGCGUCCAACAAGGCGUUGCAGGAGGAGGUCUUCCGUCUGAAGGCCGAGACCUCGCAGAAGGUGAACGAGAACUGCGCCAGGCAGAUCGCCAGCGUGAGCAGGCAGAGGUCGGACGCGGUGUCCCCGAAGAGCAAGAUCGCCAUGCAGAAGCUGGUACAGUCGCCGUCCGCCCAGGUCAAGGACUCGCAGAGUCAGAGGUCGGCUCAGAGGAUGCACCAUCGUAUACCUCACCGGUUUUCCUCGAGGCUCUGUCACAAACUGGUAAAGUGCGCGUUCUGCCAGAAGAACAUAACUUUGGGCAGCCACUGGUCGUACUGCAAAGAGUGCAACAUCAUCGUGCAUCCUCACUGUUCGUCUUCGGUGGCCAACACUUGCGGCCUUCCCUCGGAAUUCGUGCACCAUUACAAGGCCCAACUGAACGCCCCCUUGGUCGUGGGGCAGGAGCAGAAGGAGGCGGUCGAUCUGUCCGGUUACCUCAUGGUACCAGGGAAGAACAACGCUUGGGAGAAACGGUACUGCGUCCUGAAGGAGGACAGGUUCGAGAUGUACCCGGAAGAGCCCAGGGACGGCGCCGUCAAGCUGAUCGAAUCGGUUGAUCUGAAGUCGGAGAAUGUCUGCGGGAAGAUCGACUUGGAGCCCCAGCCGUCGGAGAUCGACAUCGCGGUGGCCAAGAGCGACGUGCCGUUCUUGAUGAGGGUGGAGAUCGCGCCCAACACCACCUGCUGGCCGCCCAGAUAUCUGACUUUCCUCGUGUCGUCGCAUCAGGAGAAGGAAAAGUGGUACCUCGGUUUCCAGAGGGUGUUUAUGGCAGGCAACGAGAAGCUCUACACCAAGACCGUCAUAUCCGUGUGGGACGAGAAGGUGGUGGUGAACUGCGUGGUCGACCUGACCGAGGGCAUCAAGCUGCUCGGUACCCAGACCGGGCUGCAGGCCUUCUACAACAACACCCUGAUACAGAUCAGGGGCUUCAAGGAGGUCCAUUACAUCGCCAAGCUGGAGGAGACCAAGUCCGUCAUAAUGAUCGUGAAUCCGGCCAACGUGGUGGCCGUGUGCGACCUCGUCCACGUGAUCAACGUGGUGCAGUGCACCGCCGGUUACGCCCUGCCGACCGUCAAGUACGAUCAGGUCAGGAUCAAGGAUCUGGAGGGGUUCCAUUUCCUGGAGGCCAGCAGGAAGAGGCAGCACAAGAUGUUCUGCGUGGCCAACCCCAAGGUGUUGGCCAUCGUGGGGUACGUGGAGAACGAGAGGGAGUUCGUGCCUCUGAGACUGUUGGAUACCGCUGAACCCACCAACACGGUGCUGUUCACCGAUCAUAGUAUAAUAGUUGGCGCGGAUAAGUUCUUCGAGAUAGACAUCAAUACCUUCAACGCUGAAGAAUUCCUGGAUACCUCCAACCCCAAGAUGAAGCAGGUGUUGAAGUGUUACGAGCUGGAAUCUUACCCGAUUUCCAUAGUGGAAGUGUCGGAAAAUCCCAGGGAGUACCUGGUGGCGUUCAACGAGUUCUUCAUAUUCGUGGACGAGUUCGGAAGUCCGUCCCGGAGGAAGGAAUGGACGACCAGCCAUCUACCCCUCGCGAUAACCUACGUUAAACCCUUCCUGUACAUCAUUGGAUUCGCGGCAGUGGAGAUCCACGAGAUCAAAAAGACGACUUGCGACGAAGAAGAGGAUAGUGUGAAGCAGUACACGAGGCUCUGUUUGGACAAGUUCCAAUUCGUGGGCACGACCAAGACCGGGGUCUACCUCUGGCACGAUAAGUGUAUAAAAUUGCUGGAGGGCAGGAGGUUCCAGAGCAUCUCGGACUCUUCGAUCGAAGACACGGUUUCGACGGUUGAGGACAGUUCCGAUAGGUUUAGUUUUAGCAGUUCCAUCGUGAGGACUCUGGACGAGGCGCAGACCGAAGAUGAGGAUUCGGAUAGGAACAGGGGUAAAGUUGUGACUUUCGCUCAGACUAGCUUGUGAGUUGUGAUUUAGGAAGAAGUUUUUUGUUUAUAUUUCGAGUCUUUCAUUAUCUUCUUGCCUUCUGAAUUUGUUUUUGUUGAAUGGCGUUCUUCUUGUUUGUAAUUGUACUUAUGUGAAUGUGAUAAUUAUUUAAGAAUAAAAGUCAUGUGUAUUUUUAA